AUGACGAAAAUCGAUGCCCUCCGUCGAUUCCUCCUCCCUUGCAUCCACCCUACACUGACACCUUCGCAACCCAUUACCACCACCAAGAAACGCCUCAGCACAUCCCUCCGUGAUGAUCUUGACGACAAGAAUUCUUUCACCAAUCAAAAAAACACUCCACGAGAGGAUCAACGCCAAGGCUCCGACGACGACGAUCCCACCCCUCCGGAGACUCCUCUUUUGGCGCCAUCACGAUCCUCCAGGACAAUGGUUACCGGGACAAUCUUUGGGCACCGCCGUGGCGGCCAUGUGUGGUUCUGCGUGCAGCAUGAUCGACUCAAUACUCGUCCUUCUCUCCUACUUGAGCUCUCCAUUCCGACAACUAGCCUCGUCCAUGAAAUGCAAAAUGGGCUGGUCCGUAUUUCACUUGAGUUCAAUGCCGAUGAAUCCCCCGAAUCUGAACUCAGUCGCUGCCCUCUCCACUCUGUCCCCAUUUGGUCCCUGUCCUGCAACGGCCGGAAGCUGGGUUUUGCCGUCCGCCGCAAGGCCACACAGCAGAACCGCCUAAUGCUGAAGACAAUGCAGAAUAACACAGUCGGAGCCGGGGUGAUUCCUCCUGGUUCUGGAUCCGGGUCGGAGGAGAUAAUGUACAUGCGAGCCAAUUACGAGUGUGUUGUAGGCAGUGCAGACUCCGAAUCUUUCCAUUUGAUCAGCCCGGAUCAUGGACCGGGUCAAGAACUCAGCAUUUUCCUUCUGAGAUCAAGGUGA